AUGAAGGUACUUCUGAAUGCCUGUCUUCUCUGCGCUCUGCUUUCUGCAGUUGGCCGUGUGACUUUGUAUACUAUACAGGAUUGUGUCCAGUCCCGGGCAUGUGUACAAGGUCUUAAAACUGCUGCAGCAGUAAAUGGUUUGUACAUCCUUGCCAAUUAUGAGUGCUGCCGGACUAACCUCUGCAACAGAGAAAUCCCCAAAGUGCCACCUCCUGGAAGCCUCUUACCCAACGGGCUGAGAUGUCCAGCAUGCGUAGCUCUUGGUGCAGAUGACUGCGAGAGUGAUGAUACCGUUGCCUGUGUGGGCAUGGAGACUGAGUGUGGCUAUUUGGGUGCUGUCUUGGUAGCAGCUCAUCCAAUCUCAGACUUCAUAGAUAUGGAAAUAGAUUUGGCUGUUCGUGGCUGCGCAUCUCCAUCAGCAUGUCUCUACAGACCAGGAAGUAUGGAAUGGGCUGGAGGCAUGUUGACCAUGAACUUUACUCACCUACGAUGCCAGUCUGCUUAUAGAAAUACAUCCAAUAAUCGGAUACUUCUCAAUCCUCCCAAUACUGCAUCAUCAUACAAUGAUUCUCCAAUCAAGCCAACUGAAGGGUAGGUAGCGGAGACAAGAACUUGUCCUUCAUGUGGAUCCCAUCACUCAUCAGAACAUUUUAG